UGAUAAUAACCCAUCAUUUUUCCAGACUUGCAUUGUGUGCACGCAUAGGGGGCUUGCCAUUUGUUUACAGGGUGUACUAUUUUAGGGGAAAAAGGCUGAAAGAGAAGAGCGAACGAAAGAGAGCGAUAGAGGGGGAUCCCGAAAGUGAGGCAGAGAGAGUGUAGCUGCCGCUGCGGCCCGACCAGGACACGGCAAAGCCAUGGCUAACAUCGCAGUUCAAAGAAUUAAAAGGGAGUUCAAGGAAGUUCUUAAAAGCGAAGAGACGAGUAAAAAUCAGAUCAGAGUAGACCUUGUGGACGAAAACUUCACAGAGCUGCGUGGGGAAAUCGCUGGACCACCAGAUACACCUUAUGAAGGUGGGCGAUAUCAGCUUGAGAUAAAAAUUCCAGAGACAUAUCCAUUCAACCCUCCAAAGGUGCGGUUCAUCACUAAGAUUUGGCACCCUAACAUCAGCUCGGUGACUGGAGCUAUUUGCUUGGACAUCCUGAAAGACCAGUGGGCGGCUGCAAUGACAUUGCGGACAGUGCUUCUUUCUCUCCAAGCCCUUCUGGCAGCUGCAGAACCAGAUGACCCACAGGAUGCUGUGGUAGCCAAUCAGUACAAGCAGGACUGUGAGAUGUUUAAGCAGACGGCUCGGCUCUGGGCUCACGCCUACGCUGGUGCUCCGGCCUCCAACGCUGAAUACACACGCAAGAUCGACAAACUCUGUGCCAUGGGCUUUGACAAAAAUGCAGUAAUAGUGGCCUUGUCAUCUAAAUCCUGGGAUGUGGAAGCGGCAACAGAAUUGUUGCUGAGCAACUAACCCCCCACCCCCUAUUUCGUUACCCACUUCUCCCCUCCUGUUUUUCAGUUGUCCCCUCUCUCGUUUCACGUCAGUUCAUUACGCUUCUUCUGUUUAAAGCGGCAUCUCCUCCCUUUUAAAUGAACCAAAAAACUGGCAAAAUAGCAUUAGUCAUCUGGGAUUAUGACGUUAGGUAAUACACCAACUACAUCAGAAAAAAAAAAAAAUCUGUAAAUAAAAUGUUAAGUUGGUGUAGGUUGUAAAACAAGAUUGGGACUAUUUUUUUCCCUAUAUUAUAAUAGAAGAAUCAGACAAGUUCAAUUCAUGCAUGAGGGUGUGGCCUGGCCACUCAUUGGGGAGGGGGUUGAACAGGGUCGUCACCAUAGAGAUAAGGUGAAACCAAACCCUUCAUUACUCCAGUCUAAACAACAAACAUGUUACUCUUCUCUCCACGUCUCAUUCUUCACUGUACAGUGCUAGGGGAGGUUGUGGAAAGAGCAACUCAACUAGAGGUGUGAGUGCAUUUGUGAGUGAUUGUGUGUGUGUGUGCACUAGCAAACAGAUGUGCUGGCUGCUGGGUGGUUAAGGCACGUGUGCACACAUUGGUACAAGUCAGACAGUGUGUGUGUGUGUGCGCGUGAUUCAUGAUGAAUACUGGAGUGAGUGCCUGAAUGGAUGUUUUUAACACCUACUCUUGUCUGGACUCUGAUCCCCUUCGAGUUUUACGGCAGCUGCAGGUCACAGCCAUGACCUCUUCACCAUCGGCCCUUGAAGUUUUCAUCUUUUAUUUUCUUCUAAUUCAAAAUGCCAUGUUUACUGUGAACACACCGGCAAUUGUUCCUUAGAGCAGAACAGGAACUUUGCAUUUUUGUCAUUUGAUGCCAUCACUCAUCCUCUGGUCAACUGUUCAGGCCCACACAGUGACACAUCACUACAACAGAGACCUGAGCUGGAAACUCCACCUCGACUCCUUUCUCCCUCUUACACACACACACACACACACACAGCUACAAACAUCAAGUCCCAUUCACCUGGACAGAUGCCUCAUUAGAACGCAUCAGUGAUGGCUGGAUUUAUAUUUUGUAAGAAAA